GUGCUGCUCAGUGGCUCUUUACAGUCCCCACCCUGACCGCAUGGCGCGCGAGGCCUUGGCGAAGGCGCGCGCCACCCUCCACUGACUGACAAGGAGGAGGAGGAGGAGCACGAGACGCGGAGCGUGCCACAGCACCUCUGACGGUUCAGUCGCGAUGGAGAGCUCGGGCGCUGCGCUCGUGAGCGCUGCGUUCCUGAACUCCACGGCGCGGGCACGCGGCACCGGGGCGCGCGUGGAGGACCCCGCGCCUUUCUGGGACUCCCCGCUCAGUCACGGCAUCAGUGUGUUCGUGGCCUUCACUCUGGGCUUCACCAUGCUGGGGCUGGGCUGCACGGCGGAGGUGCGCGAGCUGCGCGAGCACGCGCGGCGGCCCGUGGGCGUGCUGCUGGCCGCGCUGUGUCAGUUCGUUGUCAUGCCGCUUCUGGCCUUCGCGCUCGCGCUCGCCUUCUCUCUGGAUGACGGAGCAGCUGUGGCGGUGCUGCUGUGCGGCUGCUGCCCGGGGGGCAACCUGUCCAACAUCAUGACCCUGCUGGUCAACGGAGAGAUGAACCUCAGUGUGAUCAUGACCAUCUCAUCCACGCUGCUCGCGCUGGUCUUCACUCCGUUCUGCCUGUGGCUCUACAGUCGCGCGUGGAUCAGCGCGCCCGCCGUGCAGCUGCUGCCUAUGGGCGCCAUCACGCUCACGCUCUGCAGCACGCUCGUGCCCAUCGGACUCGGGCUCGCGCUCCGCUACAGAUACCCGCGGGUCGCCGACAAAGUGCUUAAGGUGUCACUGUGGCUGCUGUUCAUCACACUUGUGAUGCUCUUCAUCAUGACUGGGGUCAUGCUGGGUCCUGAGUUACUGGCCACUAUCCCCCCAUCCGUCUACGUGGUGGCUGUGUUGAUGCCUCUGACAGGGUACGCGGCCGGCUAUGGCCUGGCCGUGCUCUUCGCCCUGCCGCCCAAUAGCUGCCGCACUGUUUCCCUGGAGACAGGCUGCCAGAACGUGCAGCUGUGCACAGCCAUCCUGAAGCUGGCCUUUCCACCUGAACUGAUGGGCGGCAUGUACAUGUUCCCGUUGCUCUAUGCGCUCUUCCAGUCAGCUGAGGCUGGUGUUUUCAUCCUGGGCUACAGAGUGUACCGGAGGGAGGUGCUGCGCAAACAGGACCUGGAUCAGGAGGGUGACGACGACACCAACAUUACCUACAAGACGCUGAAGGAGGAGGAUGGGCCCUUUGACAUGGUGUAUGGCUCUGUGACAGUCAGUGACCCCAACACCAUUGCCCUGGAGUUUCGGGGAGGGCUGGGGAGUCCCACGCCCGUAUAGAGCUAUUCAAGUUACAACUCACUCAUUUGGGGGAAAAACAUAAGCAAGAAUAAUUCAGCAGAAGUCCAAACACUGACAUUGUUCUCUGUAAAAAGCCAUUCCAUCCAUUGCCUCAUAUGGAUCAAUGACUCUGUAUUGGUUCAGUAUUGGUAACGACUGGGAGCCAGGAAUGGUAGAAAACAAGUGCAGCGUCUGUUUAUUGGGGAUUUCCCCAGAAAUUGUGGUUAGCAGUAGGUAUAGACACAUGGACAGACAGGGUUAACAUGGGCAAAUCCCUAGCAAUGUUUCAUUAUUUAACUGCAUGAAAACAGCAGUAAUACUUCUGUGGCAUAAGAAAAGAUAUAAUGUAACAAUAUAAUAAGGAUGGGUUUUCUUUUUUUCCCCCUCUCAUCCAUGACAUAGUUCCUCUAAACGUCUGAGUGCUGGCCUAAUCCAUAUUAAGCACUUCAGAGAGGGGUGGGAAGCCUCAUGCUUGUACAGAAGAUGAAAUCAAAGCUUGGAACACAAGAACGGCACCCAGACAGACAUUCUGCAUCCAUUCAUGACCUCAUCACUCUUUGUUGAACGAUUAUAGCUGAAAACAUACGGCAGACAUUGUACACAAAGUUUGAGACUUCUGAAGAGGACCAAAAAGUCAGUGGAAUCUUCCUGAUUCAGAAUUGGCUACAAUACCACCUGAUGCUGAAUGUAGAUCAAUACUGCUGCAAGAAAAACGUUAAUGGAAAUACAUUACCCCCUUGUUUUUGGCUAAAUACUAUUUACACUGAAAAAGAUUAUUUUCCAUGAAAAGUGUAAGUCAAAAAGCUUGAGUCCAAAAAAAUCAGCAUCAGUUGUGCAUUUUACCUUAUAUGAUCAACAAAGCAAUCUCAAUGGUACUUUAUAUACUUCACAUUUGUCAUGUCUUUUGGAAAUACCCCCGCAAAUGGCUCAUCGUAACAAAGCUGAUCUAAUCAUCCACAGAACUGCAAUGAAUGUUAGCUUACCCAGUGGACUAAUGUAUCCGAUGUCAACCUGUCCACAGUGCUACAGCUGGGAAUGGUGAGGUGCCUGAAAGAGUUGAGACUGUACAAGUCAACUGCUGAUUUAAUCUCACAUGUGAAAUACACAGAUAGCAUAGCUUAAUCUUAUAAAGUUACUGACAAUGCUGACCUGUGGGCUGAAACUGAAGUGGAGCCAAAUAUGUACUGUGGACAGCAAUCAAAACAAGGCCAACUUCGUCUGGAAAAAGCUUGAAAACUGAGAUCAGUGCAAUCACAGAACAAGACAUGCUCCUCCAUUCAUCAGUGAAAUGUAAAACAUGUUGAGAAAAACUUGUUAAAUCAGAUGCAAGUGGUAUGAAUAAACUUACAGUGUAAAUGUA